AUGGAUCCCCUAAACCUCUCUUGGUACAAUGGUGACAUUGGUGACAGGAACUGGAGCAAGCCACUCAACGAGUCCAAUGUGGAUCAGAAGCCUCAGUAUAACUACUAUGCCAUGCUGCUCACCCUCCUCAUCUUUGUCAUUGUUUUUGGCAAUGUGCUGGUGUGUAUGGCUGUGUCCAGAGAAAAAGCCCUUCAGACCACCACUAAUUACCUGAUCGUGAGUUUGGCAGUGGCAGAUCUCUUGGUAGCAACUCUGGUCAUGCCUUGGGUGGUCUAUCUGGAGGUGGUUGGUGAGUGGAGGUUUAGUCGGAUCCACUGUGAUAUCUUUGUAACCCUUGAUGUUAUGAUGUGUACUGCCAGUAUCCUCAACCUCUGUGCCAUCAGCAUUGACAGGUACACAGCAGUAGCAAUGCCAAUGCUGUAUAAUACCCGCUACAGCUCGAAGCGCAGGGUCACGGUCAUGAUUGCUGUGGUCUGGGUGCUUUCAUUUGCCAUCUCCUGCCCACUCCUCUUUGGCCUCAACAACACAGAUGAGAACGAGUGCAUCAUUGCCAAUCCUGCCUUUGUUGUGUAUUCCUCUAUCGUCUCCUUCUACGUUCCCUUCAUUGUCACGCUGCUGGUGUACGUGCAGAUUUACAUAGUGCUCCGGAAGCGCAGGAAGCGUGUCAACACCAAGCGCAGCAGCCACGUCCUGGACUCAGACACGCAAGCCCCACUGAAGGACAAAUGCACUCAUCCAGAAGACGUCAAGCUCUGCACAGUUAUUGUGAAGUCCAAUGGGAGUUUCCAAGUUAAUAAGCGCAAAGUGGAGGCGGAGAGUCACAUGGAAGAGAUGGAAAUGGAGAUGGUGUCCAGUACCAGUCCCCCUGAGAAAACCACCAUCAAACCAGCGGCACCAAGUAACCAUCAGUUGGUUGUGCCAGUUGCUUCUAAUCAGGGCACCAACUCAACCCCGCAGGCACUGGACAGCCCUGGGAAAGUAGAGAAGAACGGCCAUGCCAAAGAAACACCCCACACAGCCAAGGUCUUUGAGAUCCAGUCUAUGCCCAAUGGCAAAACAAGGACCUUUCUCAAGAGUGUGAGCAGGAGGAAACUCUCACAACAGAAGGAAAAGAAAGCCACUCAGAUGCUAGCCAUUGUACUCGGUGUUUUCAUCAUCUGCUGGCUCCCAUUCUUCAUCACUCACAUCCUGAACAUGCACUGCGAUUGCAACAUCCCCCCAGCAAUGUACAGCGCCUUUACAUGGCUUGGAUACGUCAACAGUGCUGUCAACCCAAUUAUUUACACCACCUUCAACAUUGAAUUUCGCAAGGCUUUCCUGAAGAUCCUCCAUUGUUAA